AUGAAGACUCGACAGAAACGCAAGCCUGUAUCCCAGCUGACACAUGGGAACUUCAAGAAACCGGCCAACGGCGUUGACGAGUCUAAGUCUUGGCCUUCAGCUGAGAGAAAUCCCGACUCGGGGGGUGUAAGCCAGCAAUUGGAAAAGACAUGUGAGGAUAUGGACACCAUUCACUGCAAGGGCUCUAGCGAUGAACAAGACGACGAAGUUGACCGGUCCAAAAUGCAUGGCAUGUGCGAUAAGCUGUCUUCUUCUGGCGGCGAGAAGGGCAGAGGCGUGACCCAGUGGGAGCUGAGCCAAGUCUGGGAGAGCAUACAAGAAAUUUCCGACAGCAUCCCAGGACCUCAAGAUGUACAUGACUGGAUGAGUAAGGACCUAGGACUUGUGCGCUCGAGACACAGCAAUUUGAACGACGAAUUUCAGCAGCAAAACAAGACCUUGCGCGACGAGUUGGAAGAUGUUCGAAACUUGGCAAAGACGGACCACGAGGACCUGAGUGCGGUGAAGGUGGUUGUAGCCAAGUCCGAGUCCUGCAUCGGCACUUUGUCCACAAGCAUGUUGGCGUUACAAGUGGAAUCGAACUUUUCCAAGCAAAAGUUUGACGAACUCGAAAAGCAGACACAACUUAGACUGGACGCCGUACGCACGGAGGGACAAAACAACGGUAAUGUCUGGAUGGACAUCUUACGCAAAGAGAUGGUACAGAUGAUGAAUGGCGAGGUGAAUGGUUUACGAGAAGAGAUGGCGAGACAGAUGAACUCGCAAAUGGAGUCCCUACGGGAGGAAAUGGCCAAAGAAAAGGAAUACCAAAUGGAUGCCCUCCGCGAAGAAAUGGCGAGAGAAAGGGAUAGCCAGGCGAACCUUUUACGCGAAGAAGUGGCACGAAGUAUGACUACUCAGAUAAGCGCACUCCGCGAGGAGAACAUAUUCUUGCGAAAGGAAAUAGAGACGAUCAAAACGUUACGAGGGGAGGACGUCAAGAUACUCUAUGGACAAGUCGCAGCAUGUCUCGAGGGUAACAAGAAACUCAGCAAUGACAACGAAUCAAUUCGAAAGGACUUUGAAACAAUUCAAAAGGAAUUUGGGGAGCAAAAAAAUUACAUCAAAGACGUUGCGAACUGGGUAGGUCCUGUUUCUGGGAAUGUUCAAAAUCUCUAUGAAAGCUUCGGGACAAAUAACAAAGCUAUUGCAAACGACAUUGGAUGUGUGCGCAAGGAGUUGCAUACGCUGAAUGGAAAGUUUGACGCCAAUAGCAAAGCCAUGGCGCAGACUUUUCGAGGCUUGAGUGUCUUGUUUGGCGGCGGAGAGAAUCCUCAGGACGCUUCGGGCGGACUUCUCGAAAGCAAUGGGGCACCGCCGCCGCAACUCCAGCAGCACUACCAGCAGCAAUACCAGCAGCAAUAUCAAGAGCCACACCAGGAGCAAUAUCAGGAUCAACAUCAGCAACAAUCCCAGGAGCAACAGCAACCCCAACAGCAGCAACCUCAGCAGCAGCAACCCCAGCAGCAGCAGCAGCACCACAGCCCAGAUAACAGAAUUUUCAUAUUAGAUUAA